CAUGAAGCAAAGACAAAAAGGAAAAAAAGAAACAGGGCAGCGUUCGGUGGUUGAAUCAUCCGUCCCCACCAACGCCAAAACCAAAUCUACGCCCUUGGUCUCAGGUCUUCACCAUGAUCAAACUCCUUCUUCUUGUUGAUCAUGUAAUACAAGCUGCCUCUUCACAGAGCAACAGCUGAUCGAUCGUGUAUCGAUCCUCUCCGGUCCUCCCGUCCCACCAACUGUACUAACCUGCACCGCCUCCCGCGGCUCAUGGCAGCCCGACGCCGUUAACAGGCCACUCUGUGCCGCCACCAGCCAAAGGCUCCCCGGUGGAUGAGCUCCGUUCUGCCCGGGGCACGGCUUCCCGCUCCGGCCUGUAAGCCUGUAAACAGCCCGUCAUGGCAGCUAGCUUGCUAGCAGCUUAGCAUACGCUCUGCAGCGGAGGAAACACCGAGACCGUCCGCUCAGCAGCGCCUCUUCCCCGGGGCGGAGCGGGGAGCCGGCAGGAGUGAGCCCUCUGCGGGCAGAAAAGAGCGUAUCGAGCCGCCGGAGCUCCGACUCACCUCAGACCCGAAACUGUGGAGGAGAACCUGAGCAGGUUCUGUGUACGGUCAGUGGGAACAACCUGCUGUCUGACACAAUUAUGAAGCAGCACAGUGUCUGAUCUCCACAAAACACCUGCACACAGACAGACCUGAGAGCUGCUGCUGACCCCGCCUCCUCCCUCUCAGCAGAGUCAAAGGUCACAGGAACAAAGACGCAGCAGCGGGAGGAGUGAUCAGGAAGACGAGGCGUCAGGCAGGCACGGUCCAGCUUUCAUGCCAUGUUGGGGCGAACUUCCUUCCUUACUGGACGCUGCAGACUUCAGCAGUGCUGUUUCCUGUCCUUGCCACCUCGCCGUCCACCUGAGCUGCACAGACUCCAUUACCCAGCAGGCAGUGGGAGCUGGAAGCUGAGGGCGGAGCAGGAGGCGGGGCAGAUAAGUUCAGCUCAGGUCGACCGGAUCUUAAAGGCCAAUGAAUACAGCCUUACCCUCCCCAGAGGCCCCGCCUCCCAUGGUGUCCUGGGUUUUCAUAGCAACAUGUUGCCAUCCAACCUCCCCUGUGAGGACCGUCAGAGCAGCGCCACCUGCCUAGCGGGCCGUGGAGGCGUGUUGUUUGGUGUGUUCGAUGGUCACGCGGGGCUGGCCUGCGCCCAUGCUGUCAGUCAGAGGCUCUUUUACUACAUCGCCGUGGCAGCGCUACCACUGAGGACACUGGCGGAGCUGGAACGAGCGGUGGAGGAGGAACGGGCCGUAACACCGCUGCUGGAAUGGCAUAAAUACCCCCAAGACCUCAGCUACCCCGAUGGAGGAGUGACCUCCUUCCAUAGCCUCCGGAACUACUGGCAGGAGAGGCUGGAGACCGAGGAGGAGGAGGAGGAUGACAACAGAAUGACAUCGGCUCUGGUAAAUGCAUUCCAUCGCCUUGACUACGACCUGUCUGUAGAAGCCCAGGUGCAUCUGUCCCUGACCUCCCCCAGGCGGGUGUCUCUCCCUGGUGAGGGGUUGUCUGUGACCUCCCCCCUCAGGGUGGCGCUGUCUGGUUGCACAGCCUGUGUCGUCCACAUCUCCAACAGCGUUCUACACGUGGCCAACCUGGGGGACAGUCGGGCAGUCCUGGGCGUCCAGGAGGCAGACGGAAGCUGGUCUGCGAUCAACCUCACCAACGACCACAAUGCACAGAAUCCGGAAGAGCUGCAAAGGAUUCUGGGAGCGCACCCAGCGGAGCAGAGGACGGUGGUCCGCCACGACCGCCUACUGGGCCUUCUGCUGCCCUUCCGGGCGUUCGGUGACGUCCGCUUCAAAUGGAGCGCCGAGAUGCUAAGUCGGGUCUAUGAAACUCGACCAGACGUCCUGUCCGCGGUCAGUGAGGCAGUCCGGACGAUGCCUCCGCACUACCUGACCCCACCCUAUCUGAGCGCUGAACCAGAAAUCACCCAACACUGUGUUGGACCAGCAGACAAGUUCCUGGUCCUCGCCACUGAUGGACUGUGGGAGCUGAUGCAUCGCCAGACAGUCAUCCAGCUUGUGGGGGAUCAGCUGACAGGCCUCCAGCAGCAGAGACCUAUAAUUCCUGGCGAGGGCACGACGCUGGGCGGCCUGCAGCGCCUCCUGCUGGAGAGGAGGCGGGUCCUGUCGGUGCUGGAGGACCAGAACACCGCCACCCACCUGAUCCGCCACGCCCUUGGCGACGACGGGUACGGAGCAGUAGCUCCAAAUCGUCUCGCCAAGAUGCUGAGUCUGCCUGUGGAUCUGGCCCGGAGGUACCGUGAUGACAUCACUAUCACCAUCAUUCACCUGAAUGAGAUCUAACACCUGUAGGAGAUUACCUGCUUGGUAACCACCCCGCUGACCAAUCAGCAGCAGGCAUGCUCAUUCCAGAGCUCAUCUCCAUCCUUUUCCUUAACCAUAUCCCAGCUCUGAGUGGUCGAGGGGUGGGACACACCUGGACAGGUCACUGAUCAGGUGUUUCUGUUAUUUUGUCUGCCCUCAAGAAGACCAGAACUAGACACAUGCAGGUCUGAGAAAAGCUCCACGAACGACACCCGAGCUAACCUCACACUUCUGAAACCUCACUCCUCAGGUGUGGAGCGACACAGUGAGCAUGCUCAGUGAGUUGAUGUUCUGCAGGUGAACAUUCAGGGGAAUCCACUUGGAGCGGAGAAGUGGCGCCACCCCCUGGUGGCACGCUGAAAAUACAGCCAAUGACUUUCAUGGCCAACUAUCCCGCCCAAUUCCUGAGAAUCGGAGACACAGCAGGACUUCCUGUGAGGAGGUGAUGGUGGCUUCUCUCUGUGCUUCUCAGACUGAUGCUGUUUUUACUCAUUAAUAAAGUUCCUGUUUGACUUCCA